GAAGUGGUUCGCUGACUUGUUGGUUGCCUAAUAGUUGUUCAACUAACCAUGAUGACGAUUUCGUGUAGUAAUCAUUUUUGUAGUAAUUAAAUAAGUUGUAAAAAACGUUUGAACAAUCAAAACCUAUCAAUUUUGAUCCACGACGAUAAAAUGCGUAAAUAGGUGCUUAAGUUCAAGGUUUAUCAAUUGUCAUCAGGCACCACGCAGAUUAUACAUGAUUAGCACCGCCAGAUAUCGCGGAGCCGCUAUUAAAUAAACGCCGAGCUGGAACGUACGCUUCAUUUCAUUUCGUGGCCAAGUGAAUCGUGUACUAGCUAAUUAAUUGCCAUAUCAAAGUGCAUUUCAAUUCGAUUAACAAUGUGCGACUCCGUGGACGUUUUCGCCGAGUGGAAGGACCUAGCAACUGAUUACAAGCAAUUGGAGAACUCCAAUAAAGUGUACCAAGAAAAGUUAAAUGAAUUGGCCGGGUAUCAGAAAAAAUGUACAGAUGGAAUUCAUCACCAAAAAUAUCGAAUGGACAUUAUUAAACAAAACCUUAAAAGUGUACCAAGAACAGCAGAGAAUGCAGAGAAGAUUAAAGAAUUGGAGGAAAAUUUAAUCAAACAGUCAGCUCAUUUAUAUCACAUUGAGCAGACUUUGCCAAAACAGAAUGGAGUUUACUUAAAAAUUAUUUUGGGCAAUGUAAAUGUGUCCAUUCUAAAUAAGGAAGAAAAGUUUAAAUAUAAAGAUGAAUAUGAAAAGUUCAAACUUAUAAUAAGCAUAAUAAGUUUUGUUCUGGCUGCUUUAAACAUCAUCUUCAAUUUUCGACCGUUGGAACUGAUUUAUAUUUUUCUACUUGUCUGGUACUAUUGUACCCUAACUAUCCGUGAAAGUAUAUUAAAGGUGAAUGGAUCCAGGAUUAAGGGAUGGUGGAGAAUGCAUCACUUUAUUUCUACUGUUGCUGCUGGCAUCUUACUCAUUUGGCCUGAUAUGAUUACCUGGAAUCAGUUUAGGACUCAAUUUAUGUAUUUCAAUGCUUAUAUCAGCGUCGUCCAGUAUUUACAGUUUAUUUAUCAGAGUGGUGUAUUGUAUCGAUUGAAAGCACUUGGCGAACGACACAACAUGGAUAUUACGAUCGAAGGUUUCCACUCUUGGAUGUGGCGUGGAUUAAGCUUCCUCAUUCCGUUCUUGUUUGGCGGCUACUUAUUCCAAUUGUACAAUGCUUACGUUUUGUUUCAGUUAAGUUAUGAAGCUACUGCAACUUGGCAUGUGUAUGUUUUGAGCGUUAUUUUCUUGAUUAUAUUUACGGGUAAUACGGUGACAACGUUAAUGGUAAUUCCUAGCAAAAAGUGGGAGAAGAUGAAGAAUGAGUAUUCGAUCCUCGAUUUUCUUAGUCAAUUGUCGAAGAAAGUCCGUGAGAAUGGUAAUAAUGGAAAGAAGAAUGAGUAGACGACGAACGUAUUGGCCUACUAUAAAGACAAAUGGUAUUCAAACAAACUUCAUAAGUGUUUUAAACUUAUUAGUAUAAGAAAAUUGCAUAUUUUUAUUUAGUCCCAUUAAGUGUGUAUAUGUAAUUUAUUUUAUUGAUAUUAAACAGCUGCAAAUUAGA